AAAGUAAAAUAUUGUUACAGCUCUUUUUAAAAUAGACAAACAUGGCUUCUGCGUAGAAAAGCAAGUUAAAAAUAAAAGGAAAACAAACUUAAUAUUAACAAUAAUGCUAAAUCAAGUACAAGAAUCAAAAGCAAAGUAAUAUUGAUGAAAUUUAAAAACAAGCUUUAGAUGGCAUCUAGUUUUCAUUGUCGUAUUUUAAGAGAACAACUAAAAUUAUUCAGAUGCUGGAAACGAUUUUACUCAAAUAAAGACUUUGUAAAAGUAGUUGAGGUUGGUCCUCGUGAUGGACUUCAAAAUGAAAAGGAAAUUAUCGAUACUGAUGUAAAGAUUCAACUAAUUGAUAAACUUUCAGAAACAGGUUUGUCUGUUAUUGAAGUCACCAGUUUUGUAUCUCCAAAAUGGGUUCCCCAGGUAUCUGUUUCAACAUCACAUCAACAUGAAUUAAUGAGCGAUCACAGUGCUGUAAUGACCGGAAUUAAAAGGAAAAGUGGUGUUUCUUACCCAGCACUUGUACCCAACAUGCAGGGAUUUUACUCAGCGGUUAAAGCUGGAGUGAAAGAAAUAGCCAUUUUUGCUUCUGCAUCAGAAGCUUUUUCAAAAAAAAAUAUCAACUGUACAAUUGAGGAAAGUCUAAAACGCUUUGAGCCUGUUUGUAAUGCAGCAAUAGAAAAAGAUAUUAAAGUUAGAGGAUAUGUGUCCUGUGUAGUAGGUUGUCCAUAUGAAGGAAUUGUUCAACCAGAUGCAGUUUCAAAAGUAGCUCAGCACUUGAUAAAAUUAGGAUGUUACGAAAUAUCUCUUGGAGAUACAAUUGGUAUUGGAUCACCAGAAUCAAUUUCUCUUAUGCUUUCCUGUGUAAAAGAAGAUGUACCUGUUAGCAAACUUGCAAUACACUGUCAUGAUACAUAUGGAAAAGCCAUAUCUAAUAUUGAAGCUGCAAUUGAACUUGGCAUCAGAGUAGUUGAUAGUUCUGUAGGUGGUCUUGGUGGCUGUCCAUAUGCAAAAGGGGCAUCUGGUAAUGUUGCCACUGAAAAUGUUUUACAGAUGCUUCACAAUAAAGGAAAGAUCACUGGAGUCGAUGUUCUUGCCGUAAUUAACAUUGCUAAAUGGAUCAAAACGAUUUUGUCACGUUCACGUGUCCAACAAUAAUUUUUAAAAUUGUUUUACUCAAGAUAUUUUUAUUUUUUCCUAGAAAAA